CAUUGUCGUUUUCCGAUGAAAGGACGAUGAAAUUCUGCUUUCUGUGAAGGUGUUGCUGGUUUUAAGUGCGAAAUUUCAUGAAUUUUCACCACUAUGUCAGGUAAUGAGCAAGAAGGCAAAGGGGAGGCCAAGAUGGUUUCAAUUCCGUUGUCAUCUGAUGAUGAGACAUCACUCGGGACAAGUGGUCUUUAUCCAAACCAACAAAGCUAUACUUCCAAGGCAGGAAGAGAAGGCGGUGCUUUGCAAGAUGAUGUAACAGAGGAAGAAAAUGAAGCAGAUGAGAAAAAGCGACUUAUUAGUCAAGUACUUGAGCUUCAAAACACACUGGAUGAUUUAUCCCAGAGAGUAGAUGCUGUAAAGGAUGAAAACCUAAAGCUUAAAUCAGAAAACCAGGUACUUGGACAGUACAUUGAAAAUUUGAUGUCAGCCUCAAGUGUGUUUCAGCCAGCUAACCCUGACAGCAAGAAAAGGCAAAACCCUUCCAAACCAGGAGGAAAGAAAGGAGACAAGACAAUAUAUUGAAGUCAACAUAUAAAAGAAUUCUUUUUGUAUAUAUGGUAUAUCAUUGGCUCAAUGUCAUUUUGUGAGCAAUUUUUUCUUGCCAUGGAUCCUAGAUUUUAUGUGACCAAAGAAAUGAAAGUUAAGCAUUAAAUAGUGAUAAUAUUUAAACAUGUCAUGGUAUUAUAAUUUUUCUUUGAGAAUAAUAUAUUUUUUACUUUUUUGACUUUCACAGGGUGUCACGUGGCAAUUUUGAAAUGCAAAUCUGUUGCAAUAAGUUAUCUGGGCUACAUUUUAUGUAUCUAGUAUCUAAGUACAAAUGCUUGUAUUGAAAAAAAAAUGUCCUUUAUCUGUUCCUCAAGACACCGUUGAAGCAAGGAAUUAUUUUGUUUACGUUUGUGGCAAUAAUACGAACUUAAUCUAUUGUUAUUUCAUCUACAGACCGCAAAGAUCUUGAUCUUACUACGAUUCCAUGAUAAAAAAUCUGAGAUUCAAAUCUCACUCUGAAAAUCUUAGAUGCAGCUAGGUCGGUGCCCUUAUGGGGCUGCUCGUUUUCUCAGUAGUUUUUACUGAGUUUGUGCUUUGGCGGAAGGUAUCGUCUGAGUCUUAUUAAGCCAUCUCUUAUGGAAAAUAUGUAGUUUUCUCAUGCACAAGUUCUCGAGUUCGAUCCCGUGUUGACUUGGUCAGUUCCUACUGUUCUUAGACUCGGAAUGAUCCAAAAUUGUUAGCUCACCUUUUACACUCGCUCAUCCACAAAGGCUAUGUGAUAGAUAUCUGCUGAACACAUGAAUGAGAUUGUCUAAUUGUUAUGGGUCGUGGGUAAAAUGUCACGGGUCCAGAAAAUUUUCGUGGGUCCAAAAAUAGAACUUUAAUCGUAAAAAAUGAACUUUUUUAUUUUGACCUGAUGACAAGGAAUUAGCUAAUGACAAAUUUCAAACUGUAGUUGCUUAAAUUUUGUAACUGUUAAUUUUUUUUCGUUACAAAAGAAUAUUCUUGUUUGCAAGAAGAAAAAGCAAGAAGAAAAAAUUCAAAUACAUUGAUCUCAAGAUUUAAUUAUCAGUCAGAAGAAUUGCAAAUUGGUAAACCAUUAUCUUUGAAAGCUGCUAUUGUGAUGUCAGUAAAUGAACUGUCAGCUCU